AUGUCAAGCUACUAUGAAGAGUCCUACCCUGGUUGGCACCCAGACGCAGUACCUCGUCAACAGAAGAAAUGGCUUAAUUUUCUGUCACUUCGUUUCGGCGCCAUAAUAAGCACGAUUGCACCCAUCGUCUGCUUUGCUUGGGCAUACACGCAACAUGAGGCUGGCGUAGUGGCCACCGAUGGACUCGGUAGUGCAUGGGCCGGGAUCAGCCUGGGAACGGCUUCCUACGGCUUUAUCUGGUCUACUGUGGUAUUCCUCGUAGUGCUCGUCUUCAACUGUGCUAUUCCUCCUGCGGUCAUCAUCUUCUUCGACUGCAUUUCCUGGCUCGCGCAGCUCAUCACCAUUUGUUUCUAUAUGCAAGAACUAGGAGGCUGGCAUGCGGGUGGCUACGAAUAUUCCAGGAAUAAUAUACACGAUUAUCUGUACGGGGCGGAGGUCUUCGGAUGCUCAAUGAUGUUUCUUGGAAUAAUAUUCAAUAUGAUCCUCAUGAUCGUUGCCUCGAGAGCUUUUCAUGUUCAACGGAGGGCCAAGAAGCAACUCACAAAGCCUGGGCUUGAGGAUGUCUAA